AGACGACUUAUCCUCUCCCGCUUCUCAUCCGCGUGCGAAGAUGAUAAAAGCAUGUUAGGACGUGGCGGCCCGUCGUAGUCUUCCUUUCGGGAUCGGCCCAGAAGGAACCCGCGUGAAAUUUCAACGACAACCGAGAUGGCCUCGAGACCGAUCGUCCAUCUGCUAAUCGCCUGCGUCAUUUUCGUCGCGACCACAUCGCUGAAUCAAAAUCCCAGGUUUUCGAAUCAGCUGUUUGACAAUCAGCUGAAUCGCAACCAACAACAAUUCUCUCCGAAAGGUGAUGUAUCCGCGUCCUGUCCGGAGAGGAACGGCCGUUUUCCGGUGCAGAAUCAAUGCGACGCUUAUAUCGAGUGUAUCGAUGGAGUUGCCGAAGAAAAGUUGUGCCCUGAAGGCUUAUAUUUCAAUCCUGACGUUCGUUUCAACUAUCCUUGCGGAUAUCCGAUCGACAUAGAUUGCACGGGCAGGCCAAACUUGCAGACGGCAAAUCCGACCGAGGAUUGUCCCCAUCAGUACGGCUACUUCAAGAUCGGCGAUUAUCAGCGUUGCGGACAAUUCAUGAAUUGCGUGGACGGUCGGGGUUACGUGUUCGAUUGUCCGGAAGGCCUGGCCUUCAAUCCGGAAACGUAUCGAUGCGAUUGGCCGGAUCAGGUGCUGGAUUGCGACGCCGAGGCUUUCCUCGGCUUUCGCUGCCCGGAGGUGAAAAGCGGUCCCUUCCAAGACGCUGAGAUUAAGUUUUAUCGCAGCAACACCGACUGCCAUCAUUAUUACAUCUGCGUGAACGGCCGUCCACGUUUGCAGAAUUGCGGUGCGGGGAAUGCCUUUAACGAGCUCAUCGACGCUUGCGAUGCCGCGGAAAAUGUCACCGGCUGUGAACACGAGGCGAUAGCAAGAACUACUCCGACAUAUAAACAGACGAGGCUCUUUUAAAUUCGAGUAAAGUUGAAAAGCAAAAGUAAAGAUUGACAGCGCAAUAAUUGCAAAAGAAUAAUAAUUAAGAGCUGCAAAAAUAAUGAGGUGUGCAUCAAAUUUCAAUAUGUAAUUCGACAUAUUUUAAUACAAAAGUAUUGUAUUUUUAUGAUGCAUAUGAUUGCAUAUCACAUAUAUGCAAAUUAAAUUAAUGAAAGACAAAUAUAUAAAAAAAAUCCUAACUAUAAAUUAAACAAUAUAUUUUCUAAUCAUACAUUAAACAAUAUAUUUUAGAUAAAUUAAACAAUAUAUUUUAGAUAAAUUAAACAAUAUAUUUUCUAAUCAUACAAAUCACACACAUACAAUACGCAAAUUGAUGCCGCAAUGUAUAUAUUAAUGUAUAAAUUUUGUUUCAUUUCUAUAUAUAUUUAAUGUAGAAUUGUAAAACUUUUAAUAAAAAGGUAAAAAGAAAUACUCCGAUCAUUCUCUUCUAUAUAUCAAUAAACACUUUUCGCAUAAGAAUGUUUUUACAGUGUAAUGUAUUAAUAUAUAGUUAUGUAUAAUAUUAAAAUUUUGAAUUUAGUACUUUUUAAGAAAUUAAAAGUGUCCUUGACUUGACCUUAACGAUGCCAUCCAAGGUCAAAUCAAUGACACCAUCUUAUGUUCCCCUCAAAAUCAUACAAUUUUUGUUCAAAACGUUUUUCUCUAAAAUGCUUAGUUUUUAAAAGAAAAGGGGUGUACGGAUGGUCUAGGACACCAUGUAUAUAAAUUUUAUAUACGGAAUUUGGCACAUUUUUUAUUUUUCAAUUAUAGAUAAAAUCUCUUACGCUUUAACAUUGCAUCCCAUUUUUAACAAAUCAAAAAAAAUAUUAUUUUAUGAUAUUUUUAACAACUGAAAAUAAACAACGCCAGAUUGUUCUCAGAUUGCGAUAAAGUAUUGUGUAUUUUGAAAAAAAGUAAGAUAUAGAAAAUACUUUAAUAUGUAAAUUAAUAAGAUAUUAUAUUUUUGAGAAAAAAAU